GUGCGGCCAUUUUUCUAAAACACAAACAAGAAGAGAAAGCGAGUUGUGAAAAUAUUCGCAGCGAAUGUUGGUCAGAGGAAAGUAUAGCUAAUUAAUCAAACGUUCAACAAAUAGUUGAAAGGAAGUAACAUUAAGAUAUACAGAUCGUUGCGAAAUACACGUAUAUGUUAACUGGAUUUAACUAGCUACAUUUCAAUUUCGUAAAAUUUGCAGCUCCCAGCUAGCUAGGUUGUAGCUGGCUAGCUGGCUACUUGGCUGGCUAGCUAGUGCGACCAGCUUUCAACGAAAGGUGUUUGGAGGAAAGGGAGGGUUAAAAGACCCUGAGGAAAUAAUCAAGCAGUAGGACAGUGAGAAGUGGAAGGAAUAAUACAUGCCGGUGAAGAUGACACUUGUCUCUCCCUGUGCAGCCGCUGUUCUUCACAAUAUUGCUUCAUAGUAAUUAUUAUGAUCAACUUCAAUGUUGAUUUUAAUUACUGGUGCUGUUUGUCCAUGAAAAUUUAGUUUUCAUUUAUUUUUGAUAGCUGUCACGUUUGGCCUCCUCCGUCACCUCACCCAACUCCUUUCCCUGAGCCUGGCAGCUAUUUGCUCAGCAUAUCAGAUUUGUGUGGUCUGAACAAUCCCACUCUAAACCACUGCACACUGAAGAACCAAGUAGCCUUUAACUCCCUCAUCGAAUCUGGACGAAACUGGUCCAGUCCUCUGGACAAGAAGCCUUGAGCUCCAGUUGAAGAGAGGAGUAUGACUGCUGAAACACUUAACUUCGGCCCAGAAUGUUGUCUAGGGGAAGAUAAUGGGCGAUGCAUAUCCAACCUAAACUUGAGGCUCCGUGCACUAUCCAGAGGGGGGAGUGUGACGUCCCCUCCUCCUUCUCCAGCCAUGCCAAAGUCCAAGCUGGCUGAUUACCGCUAUGGCCGUGAGGAGAUGCUAGCACUUUAUAUAAAAGAUAACAAGCCCCCAGAGGACAUGCAGGAUAAGGAGUUUGCUGCUAUCAUGCAGGAUGAGCCUGUGCAGCCUUUGGCCCUGGAGCCUCUAACUGAGGAGGAGCAGAGAAACUUCUCCAUGUCUGUGAACAGUGUGGCUGUGCUGAGGCUGAUGGGAAAAGGAGGCGGGGCUGCCCCUGUAGGCGUGUCUAGGGGCCGUGGAGGAUGCAUCAGAGGAGGGAGAGGGAGAGGUGAAGGUGCGUUCUACCAAAGAGUUCCUGGAGGUCCUGAUGAAGGAGAGGUGGGCUUCGGUCGUGGCCGGGAAAUGCUCCGCAGCCAAAGCUGGGAUGACCGAGCUGAGAGGCCAAGGUUUGAGAAGCCAAUCAGGUGUGCUGAAGUAGUGCGUCCAGGGUUCGAAGAGGCGGGGCCUCCUGGCAGGAAGGACUCCUGGCGUGCUGACAGCGACAACUGGCGUACCCUCCGAGAGGAGGAGGAAGAGGCAGCAGCAGCAGGAGGAGAGCAGCCAGCUUGGAGAGUUGCAGGAUCCCGCCGGGAUGGUAUAACCACUUACACCCUCUACCCAGAAUGCAUUUGUGCAUGUUUCUCUAUGUCUGAUGGAGACUCCCUCAACAACACAGAUGGAGGUCCUCGUUCUGCAGGCUGGCGUGAUCGUGGCGGCCGGAGGAAGUUUGAGUUUGAAUUCCGUGACGGCGAGGGCCCCCGCAGGGAAUCCGACAGGGACGGCCUUCCUGAGUGGUGCACCGACGAGGAGGAUGGAGAGAUGGGAACCUUUGACUCCUCUGGGGCCUUCAUGUGCAUCAAGAAAGACUGUAAGGACACCAUCACUGAAGAGGAUCUGGAGUUUGAAGCUCUGGAGGAAGAGGAGGAGAAUGAUCAGGGAGGCAAGGACAACAACGCUGACAGAGACCUCUUGUCCUUCUACUCCUUUCAUCUAGAUGAAUGUGAAGCAGCAGGUGAGGGAGAAGAUGAGUACAAGACUCCUUCUCCUCCUGCCAUCUCUGGCUCUCCACCCUCAGACCCUCUUCCUGCCCCCUGCGCCACACAGGCACCCAUCUCCCAUCCCACCAAAACGAACUAUGUGCUGCCCGCUGAAGGCUGCCCACUUCCAGGGAGUGGUGCCCAGCUCAGCCCAGACCCCCCCUCCACCACCACUUCCAGCCUGAUGCCUCCUCCCUCCGGAUCUCUCCUCCCCUCAACAGGGGGAGAAGCAGAGGAGGACGAGGGCAUGAAGCACCUGCAACAGGAGGCUGAAAAGAUGGUGGCCUCACUGCAGGAUACGUCCCUUGAGGAGGAGUGUUUCACUCAAGCACUACAGGAGAGCCACACAAUCACCUCUCACUCUCACACACACCCAGCCCCACACUCUCACACGCACACCGCUGGACACACACACUCGACCCAUAGGGACUGUGCCCUGCCCCUCUCCCACGAGGCAGCCAUGAAGUGGUUCUACAAGGAUCCCCAGGGAGAGAUCCAAGGUCCCUUCUCCACGGUGGAGAUGUGUGAGUGGUUCCAGGCCGGCUACUUCACCAUGACCCUGCUGGUAAAGAGGGGUUGUGAUGAGGGUUUCCAACCCCUGGGUGACGUCAUCAAAAUGUGGGGCCGCGUGCCCUUCUCCCCCGGCCCCUCCCCCCCGCCCCUCCUGGGCAAUAUGGACCAGGAGCUGCUUAAGAAACAUUUGGAGCAGGCAGCCACUGCAGCUCUAUACCAGCAACUACAGAUGAGGUUCCAGCACAUGAACAGGUGCACGCGCACGCACACACACACACACACACACACACACACACACACACACAAUGUAUGUGAGUGUACUAAUGUGUGUAUUUGCAGGAGUGGAGAUUCUAGCAUGAUGCCCUCUAUGAACAGGUCCAUGUCAGUACCUGAUAAUGGGUCCAUGUGGGACAUGCAUACCUCGGCCUCCCAGCAGUCAGGUGGUGAGGCCAACCUAUGGGACUUAACCAUGAGUCAUUCCACUCAGGGGCCAUCGCUGGAGCAGCUACAGAAGCUCCAGGACCGGCGUGAGGCUGAACUCAGGGCCAAGCGAGAGGAGGAGGAGCGCAAGCGGCAGGUCGAGAAGAGGAGGCAGCAGGAGGAACAGAAGAGGCGUGAUGAGGAGGAGCUGUACAGGCGUAAGCAGCAGUGUCGGCAGCAGCAGGAGCUGAUCAUGAAGCUGCUGCAGCAGGCCCAGCCCGGGGCACCAGGGUGUGUCUCUGGGUCAGGGUGGAGCGGCUCCCAGGCCUCAGCCCUCUCCAAACAAGGCAAGAGCCUCGGCCUGCUGGAGCUGGAGACCGAAAGGCUGCUCAAACAGCAGGCCCAGCACCAGAGGGCCCAGCAUCAGAGAGACAGGCAUGGAGGCUUGUCUAUGGGCCAGUGGGGUGAGGGGUCUGUGGGCAUGUGGUCUGGUGGGGGCAUGGAGCCCAAAGGCAGCUCUGGAGGGAUGGGUGUCUGGGAGGAGGCUGUGAAGAACCAAAACAGCCUCCGCAAUAUGGGCAUGAAGAACAGCCGCAGCAGCCCAUCUCUCAGUGAGCAGUACAUGCUGAGGAAGAAGCGUACAGAGGAGGAGGACAAGCUGCUUAAACUGCUGCAGGGCAUGAAGCCCCAGGAUGGCUUCACCACCUGGUGUGAACAGAUGCUGCACGCACUCAACACCUCUGCUAACAACUCCUCCUCCUCACUGGACGUGGCAACCAUCGUGGCCUACCUGAAGGAGGUGGAGUCUCCCUACGAGGUCCAUGACUUUAUCCGCUCCUACCUGGGCGACACCAUGGAAGCCAAAGAGUUUGCCAAGCAGUUCCUGGAGCGCCGAGCCAAACAGAAAGCCAACCACCAGAGACAACAGCAGCAACAACAGCUAUCAAAGGAAGUUUCAGGGCUGUCCAUGAAUAACUUUCCUAUCCAGGUAGGCUCCGUCCAGUCCAUGUUCCAGGCAGCCCAGAUGGGAAAGGGAGGAAUGUAUGACAGUCAGGCUGCAAAGAUGAAGAAGAAACAGACCAUGAUGCUUCACUCUGACCCUAGCAUCUUAGGAUAUUCAUUCCUGAGCGCUGGGGACAGGAUGAACCUGGGUGAGAUGGAAACAGUGGAGGAUUAUUGAUCCACAGCAUCUACCUGAAUCCACCUGAGGCCUUACACCUGGAUUAAAACACACACUGACACACACAAACACUCACCUACACCCACACAGACCAUGACGAAUGUGCACUGCUGAGCUACUUUGCCCCCUCAUAGAUGAGGACCUGGAAAAGUAGUGUUUUCUCUCUCUCAUCUCUGUGUGAGGGGGGGGGGGGUGCAGAGGAGUACCCUCCUGCACUUCUUACAGUUAAGCACCUUAAACUAAUGCACUUUAGCACAGGGUUUCAAUAUUUGAAAUUAAGUUUUGCCAGUUUGUUUUCUUGUUUUUAGGAUGCAAAAUGUGCAUAUUGUGUUUACAAUAUGAAUACACACAUGUGGAUGUGUGUGUGCAAACAUACCUAAGUAAGGAACUGGAGGUUACAUCUCCAAUAAUAAUGUCGGGUGAUGAGGAUUUCUUUUGGAAAGUAUAUACUUUUUUUUUUCUUUGAGUUUUUAUAUAAAAUGUAAAGCUAUAACAAAUUGCAUUUUAUUAAGAAAAAAACUUGAAGGUUUGCACUUAGAUAAACAAAACUAGUUGUAGAUAAGUAGUGGAAGGAAACAUUUCUUUGAAUGCUGGUGGGUUUGUGUGGUAGACUUAAAGCCUGCACAAUUUUUAUUGCUUACAGAGAUGCAUAAAAAGGCCAUGUUUUUACUUUGUUCCAUGAAACCGUUUUACUUUGAAGAAUGUAUGCAAUGUGUGCCCAUGUCAGAUGUAUAUGAGUGAUUGGUAGCCAAUGAAUGUGUAUGUUUUGUACAUGGAAUCUCUAAGCGAGAGUGGAGAGGGCUCUUUUCAACCAAUCUUUCACCAGCUCCUCAUCCCCUAAAUGACUUCAUGAAGGUCUUUUGCUUUGGUGUCCAGUUACCCGACUGGCCGUCUGUGUUUUGUCAUUGGUGCAUUGCUGCCCUCAUUCUCCAUGGUGAGUCACGACGGUCCAUGGGCUCUGAUUCGCUGAUACAACUGUGAAAACAGAUCUUAUGAUUCAAGGCAGAUUUCCGAGGUGUAUUUUACUGCAGUUAAGCCACUCUCUCUCGUUUAAAGAACCAUAAAGUUAUGUUAAAUCAUUCUCUUCCUUGUGGUUAUGAGAGUUGGUAAGACCAGAGAAGUCCCUUGCAUUUUCCAAGGGGAUCUAUUGCCUUUAACGACAUGUCAGUGUUGAGGUCUUGCUUUCCUGCUUCCAGGCAGUUUUGCAGACGAUUGCCACUGCGUAUGUUAACCCUAGUAUUGAUAGCUAGAGUCCUGUCUUUUUGUUGCUAUUUGAAUAGAAUGUCAGUUUUUAAACAAAGUGAAAGUAUUUGGACUUGAUAUGGAGCACUUUUGAAGCUGCUACACUAUUGUAUUUUUAUAUUGUUGUUUUAGUUGUUUUUUUUGCCCUCUAUGGUAAUUAUUUUUACUUUAAAAAAAAAAAAAUCUGGGUGUGUAAAUGAAUGUAUUCCAAAAAACUGAAAUGUACAACAGUGCAUUGAGAUGAAGUCAGACUUUAAACAAAUCUUUUGGAGCUAAUGAGUAGAGUUGUGCUGAAGAAGUAUUAGAAUCCCAGAAGAUGAGCUACUGUAAAUGAAACCAAGGUGGACACGGCUGAACACUGCCUUCUCUUACUGCUCUCUGAGAAACACAUCCUAAUAAGAUGAAGACAUCUGUCCACCGCCAUGUUGUCGUCCUCGAUACAACACACAUGAGGAACUAGCAUGGGAAAUGUAGCAGUCUUUUUUUUUUUCUUUUUUUUUUUUUAAGAGAAAUUGGUCUCCUUUUUAUCUUUUGAAUGUCUGGGUUGUUACUAUUCAUGAAUGAUCUCUUGCUUUUCCUCAUUGCCUAAAUCUUGUGACAAUUGCGUUUUUGAAGAUGUGGGCAGAGGAAUGAUCGGUACGUCAUCAGCAAAAUGAAACGGUCUUCGCUUUAACCGGUCUGGAUUAUAUUUUUAAUGGAAAAAAAGUAUCAAGGAGAAUGGAUAUUAUUUUGGGGGGGGCUGUGAUAAUGUAAUAUGUGGCUAUCAUUUGAUGCCAUGGGUUGGAGUGAGAUGGAGAGAACCUGAGAUGGGCAGAGAGGUGUCAAAAAUCGGACUCCUUUCGCUCUCUCUCCUUGUACCUCCAACAGACUUGUUCAUCAGGCCGGCCUCCUGCGUCCUUGCCCUAGCUGAUUUUUUCCCCCCUUUUACAAAAUGCUGUGCUACGUGUCUCAUGGGGUUUGGCAUGCUGGGACCAUGUGACUGGAGGCCUCCUGAUGUUAAAUGGACUUCCAACGAGAAUUAUUGAAUGUUCUAGAAAAUAAACUACUAAAAUGGGGAGAACAUUUAUUUUUUUUUUUACACAGGCCUACAAUUGGAUCCAUUGAAAUCCAAAACUACUGGACAAUGGACUCAUUGGUACGGGUGGGGUCAGUCGUGAAGCUUGUUCAUCUUGUGCUUUUGUCGGGUCUAGUUGAACAUUUAUCAAAUCACAGAGCCGAGUGUUGGGAGAUGGACAGGUUUGUUGACUAUGCCCCAUCUCGUAUUUACUCUCUUACUGGACAGUAUUCCUCAAGGAUUGCCUUUCCCUGGGCAUUCGCCACAAGAAAAGACAACAUUGAGGACGACCUUGACACAGAAGACCAGAUUCUUCAGUGUUGCAGAACGAUACUGCGCUGACCACCAGAGAUUCACAGAAGUGUUGUUUCUGCAGGAUACCUCAUGGACACCACCACCUCAUUGCUCUGUCCAUGUAGCGGCCUCUCUGCUGGACGACUGUCUGCGGUGUAUUGGCGGCCGAGGCCUGUGGGCUCUCAUACCCUGUUGGACUGGAUCACAGCUUGACAUGGGAUGGUCUCAGAGGGGAGCAGACGGUAGAGGAGAGCCUCCCAGAAACCAGCUUUGUCCCUCGGCUGAGGGUGAGAUGUAACCCAGCUGACUAAGGUCUCAACCAGGAGUUAACACACACCUUGUGAACAUGGACUCUCAAAAUGACUGAACAUAUACAACUAUGCUCAUGGCCUGUUACAUUCACACACGCGCACACACACAUUUCUGGUUGGCAAGUUUCAACUCCUGGAUAUAAAUAGUCAACGAUUAAUUCCUCUUUACUCAUUUUUGUUUGGUUAUUUGAACCUUUUUGGUUUUACUUGCCUUAAAUGUACAGAAUUAAAUUGCCCAUGUGUGAUGUCCCCUUCCCCACCAUCCCUAAGUAAUGCUUGACCUGGUGAAGUGUAUCCAAUGAUUUCUGGCGUUGGGUUGGUUUGGGACAACAUUUGCCCUUCUAACAGAGCAGUAAAAUUGCAGUAAUGGGGAUUAAAGUGAGUGCUGUAAAAAUUAAAAUAUAAUGUUAAAGCUAUUAGAGGAAUGUCUGUCAUGCAGACUUGGUUCAUUCGUUUUGGGGGAAAUGUUAUGGGAUUUGACUCUUUUGCUACUCCACCACAGCAGCAUUUGAGAUGGGGGGGGGGGGGGGGCAUUGUGUAUAUAGUUUUCCUUUUGAAUAGACGUGUUACAGAAUAAAUAAACUGUGUGGAAUGCAA